GUUUAUUUUUUCCUCUGGUCAAAGGAAGUUAUAAAUUGAUUUUGUAGUAAAACUUUAUCUUAUUGAGCAGAGAUGGAUCAUCAAUAUGGAUAUGGUGUUGAAGUUACUGGGUUAUCUCCAUCUGUUACUCAGAAUGAUCUUAUCGAUUUCUUCUCCUUCUCUGGUACUAUCCAAGAUAUUGAUAUUGUCAGGUCGGGUGAGCAAGCGUGUACUGCUUAUGUGAUGUUCAAGGAUUCUUAUUCUCAAGAAACUGCUGUUUUACUCAGUGGCGCAACGAUAUUGGAUCAGCGUGUUUGCAUAACUCGUUGGGGACAGCAUCACGAAGAGUUCGAUUUCUGGAAUGCGACUCCGCAAGGUUUUGAAGAUGAAUCUAACUCACAUCCUUAUGCUCAACGAGGCGAGUUCAACGCUGGAGAAGCAGUGACAAAAGCUCAAGAAGUGGUGAAAACAAUGCUUGCCACAGGAUUCGUGCUAGGCAAAGACGCUUUAAGCAAAGCUAAAGCCUUUGAUGAAUCUCACGGAGUAUCAGCUGCGGCUGUAGCUAGAGUAGCCCAAUUAGAGCAGAGGAUUGGUCUCACUGACAAAAUCUUUACCGGACUUGAAGCUGUCAGAAUGACUGACCAAAGGUACCAUGUUUCAGACACGGCUAAAUCAGCCGUCUUUGCUACAGGAAGAACCGCAGCAGCUGCUGCAACUAGUGUUGUCAAUAGCAGUUACUUCUCCAGCGGAGCUCUUUGGCUGUCUGGUGCGUUAGAACGAGCUGCUAAAGCUGCAUCUGAUCUCGCUUCUUCCUCACUUCCGCCGUCAACCGCCGCAACCUCCGUCGUUCGCAAAUCCCUCCUCCUCUCAACCACCUUCUCCUUCCCCGCUUCUUCACUACCUCCCUCCACCAAAUCACCACAAAGACACAUUCAAAGAUUGCUCCUAGCUUCCUCCUCCGCCUCCGCAUCCACCGUUCCUUCCGAUUCCAAACCGACGAAAAAAGAAACAGUCUACUUCGACGGCGGAGCUCAUUACGGAGACCUGUUAGCCAAUCUCAUCCUAGGUCUAACCAUCCUUUGGCUCCCACUAACCUUAGCCGCAGUAUCCCGAGCCUUUAACCUUCGUUACAGGUUCACAAACCUCCGCGUGACGGUGAUUUCGGGACUUACCGGAGAAGACCGGAGCGAUUUCUCGUACAAAGUGAUUAAAGACGUUCAAGUUGUGCCGAGGUUUAUCGGAGAAUGGGGAGAUAUCAUCAUCACAUUGAAUGAUGGAACAAAAGUGGAUUUGAGAAGUGUUCCUAAGUUCAGAGAGAUUGCUAAAUAUUGUUUAUCUAUGGCUGAUCAACCUGCUGUUUUGAAAGAAUCUGGUGCUAAAGGCUUUUGAUUAUUUCUCAUUUCUGGUCAAAAUUGAUUCUUCUUGUUGUGUUUUUUCAAUAGAAAUCGAAUCCUUUC